AUGACUGAAUCUGCCAGUUCUAGUGGUAAUGUUGAUAUGGAAGAAAAUCAGUUUAAUCAUUCAAAUGUUAAAACAACAGCUUUAUCAACAUGUAUUGGUCUUUUGUUACAUGGUUCAAUAGAAAAUCAAGAAUUUUGUGUAUUGUCACAUUCAUCAAAAAUUGAUGAAUUCGAUUAUGAUGAUGAUAAUAUAAAAGAUUUAUUAGUUUAUUUAAUACAAAAUUUAAAAUCUUAUAUGAUACAGCAUGUAAAAAUUCAAUCAAUAAAUAAUCUUAAAUUGUUAGUAGCGGGAGGGGCAGUUGACGAACAUCUUUUGACUAGACAAGCCUUUUCCUUACUUAAUGAAGAUAUUAAUUUGAAUGAAUUUAAAGAACUAACAAAAGACAAUGAUGAUAUUUAUCUUUUAAAAAUUUGA